AAAGGCCUUUUGAUUCUUCAAGUAUAACCUCUCCCUCCGGAAACCUAGUUCGUCUGGCGUCUAGUGAUCCCGUGUUCGGUUGAUUUUCUCCUGUUUUGAAAUCAAUGGCGACAGAGACGAAGCCUUCGGCGGGCGAGGACGCCAAGAUGGACCUCUUCGAAGACGACGACGAGUUUGAGGAAUUCGAAAUCAGCGAAGAGUGGGAUGAUAAGGAAGAAGGAAAGGAAGUCCUGCAGCAGUGGGAAGAUGAUUGGGAUGAUGAUGAUGUCAAUGAUGAUUUCUCCCUCCAAUUGAGAAAAGAAUUGGGAAGCAACUCAGAGAAGAAGUAAAGUGCCUCUUGCUCUCCUUCCUCCUAAUUGUGCUCUAUAAGCUUCAGCAAAAUGUUCUUUUGAGGUUUGUGUGCUUUUUCCAAAUGUGUUUUUAAUUUUGUGAACAGCUUUCUGUGCUGCAUUGCAGCAGCUUCUGCUUGGACUUUGGGAACUUUGUAUCAGUGAACUAAACUAGGCAUAGUUAUUGACUAAAUGACUUGUUAAUUUACUUGUUGA